AGGCCAGUACACUGAACAGUAGUGUCAGUCAUCACUGAGCUCUUGAAACGACCCCGGGGAUGUGACUUUGAGCUUGUUGUGUCUCCUCGGCCCCACGCUGCGCUGCUUUUCCAUACGGGGCGGGGUGGCGCUCAGUCCGGCGCACAGUGCAGAGCGCACCGUCACCAGCGGCUCUCCCUGCACCGUCUGUCCUCUGACUCGACAACAUGGGUCUAGAAAAGGAAAAAUCGGACUGCAGUAUAAUUAUGGACGAAGAUGAGUUUAACAGAUCGAUAGAACCCAUUCUGUCGAAGAAGGGGAACGUUUAUACAGCGGAGCCGGACCGAGAUCCAAACGAUAUCAACGCGCAUUUGAAGGUUGGUUUUGAAGAUGUCAUCGCAGAGCCCAUCUCUACACACAGCUUCGACAAAGUGUGGAUAGGAAGCCACGCUGCGUUUGAGCUGGUCAAAUUCAUCUUUUACCGCCUGCUGACCACGCUGCUGGCCGUGCCCAUGGCUUUCAUCCUCGGACUGGUCUUCGGGGUGCUCAGCUGCAUCCACAUCUGGUUGGUGAUGCCGGUGAUCGAGAGCCUCAUGAUGCUCUUACCAUCAGUCCAAGUAGUGUGGAGGAGUCUGACAGACAUGUUCAUAACACCGCUCUUCCACAGUAUCGGAAAGAGCCUGUCCUCCGUUCAAGUGAAAUCCACAGAGUACUGAUGCUGCAGACACCUCUCUGUCCCCUGCGGAGACAGAAAUGUGGGACAGAUUGCAGUCCAAGAGAGUGAAUGAUGCUUGUAGUGUAAUACAUGAGCUCUUUAUAAAGUCAAAUGUGAAAUCCUGAAGGGUCCUGCAUAAAGUAUUAUAAAUUACCAAAACAACGAAUCAAAACAAUUGGGCUUAGUAAUGGAUCAUUUGCAGGGAAAAGACCUCUUCAAAGCUGGGCUUAAUUCUGUGAAAAAGAAACAUCUACUGUAUGUUACAUAUCAUUGGAUAUAUUUCAAUGUUUAGUAAGAACUUAAUACAUAUUGAAUAUAGUCAUUGAAGACUGUUAAAACAACAGUUCUAUCUAUCUAGAAAUCUUUAAAGGAAAAUUACUUUUUCAUCAAAUGUACCCCAUUUUUAGCCUGCCUGCUGUGAUGUCAUUUAACCUGCAAAUCAAGAAAAACCAUGCAAUUGGUCCUUUAGGGUUUACUAGUCACAUCACUAUAGGGAAGUAUACGAUCGUGAAACUUUUGGGGAUUUUAUGAAAAGCUCAUGUGUUCCACCCAAAAUGGAGUUGUUUUGCUGAUUGUAACCAAAAGAAAAUUCUUGUCAUUCCAUUACUUUGCGGCUGAGACAGCUGUGGAAUCAGUUGGAGGAGUGUAACGUUGUUGUUAAGUCAAACAUACUUGCUGAGAGAUGUAAUAUUUCCUGCUUUUUCAUAUAUUGUAUAUAUUGCAAGUAAUUCAGCUAGAAGUUGAAUAUAAUAACACAUGAGAGUUCACAUGAAUAUUAAAUGCUAAGAUGCAGCUUGUUGCACAUUUUCAGGCUUAUUGUACUGUCUGCUGUGUUGAUUUCACAGUGCAUUGGCAAUAAUAUUGGGCAUUUGCUUUUUUAUGGAUGAAAGCUAUACAUAAUAGAGUUGUUUUAACAUGUUAUUUUAGCUGUCAAAAAACAGGAUUGGAUAUCUUUGAAAGGGUGGCUUUCUAAUUUAUUAUUUAUGCGACGACCAAUUCUCAACAUUUGGCGGUAUCUGACAUAAGAGGACUUCAGUUGAGUAACUGUAGUGUGAUGAUGGCGUCCCACGUGUCGUACUGUGUUUGGUUGAGCUGAGAGUCCUGUACAUGCAUAUUUAAUUUAGAAGUUGUUGUUUGCUUCAGCACUGGGAGUUAGUAGGCUGGAUUUUGGAAUAUUUCUGCAGCCAGAAAGGAUCAACCAUGAUUUUUACCUCUUUGCAGGGGACUUGAUAAAGUUGAGUUUGAGGUACAAGCCUGCGCAGUUCCCACUUGCUAUGAGCUGUACAAUCUAAACAUUAGGGUUAGGUUGGGGUUAGUCUAUAGCCUCAACGUUCCACUUCUGCGAUUGCGCCGGUACAGCAGGAAAUUCCGCCGGAUGCAUGUAUUUUCACCAAUGUCCGUUUCCUUCCUCUUUCUUUGUGUUGGAAUUUUAAACUCCGGU